AUGCAGGUUUUGUACCUGAGGAAGGUACUUGGGUGGACAUGGGGCGGUUAUUCCGCACAUUCCAUCCGCACCUCACAGGUGAGUGUUUUUCAAGACGUCCAUCAUACUAAUCACUCAGGUUUUGACUUAGGACUCAAAUGCGAUGCUAACGGGUCAUUUAUUGAUCAGGAUGCACCCCCACCGCCUCUCACAAAUGCACCCCCAACCGACUGGACACCUUAUAACGAUCGAGCGGAAUUUGAGACAGCAGAAUUUUUAUUCACGCGCAAUCAAAUGUCUGCAAAGCAGAUUGAUACACUUCUCGACUUGUGGGCCGCAACUCUCAUCAAGCACAACGACGCUCCCCCUUUUGCAAACCAUAAGGACAUGUACGCUACCAUUGAUGCAACACCAUUUGGCGAUACCCCCUGGAAGAGCUUUACAAUGUGCUACAGCGGAGUUAAACCCGAACGAGACGUACCGCCGUGGAUGGAUGGACAAUAUGAUGUGUGGUAUAGAGAUCCAUUGCAAAUGACACGCAGCAUGCUGGAAAACUCUGCCUUUGAUGAAGGAAUUGAGUUCUCCCCGUAUCGUGAUUAUACCGCCGAGGACAAACGGUACUGGAAGAACUUCAUGUCGGGUGACUGGGCGUGGAACCAAGCGGAUAUUAUUGCUCAAAAUGAGGAAAAUCAUGGUUCAACAUUCGUGCCAUUGAUUAUUGGCAGCGACAAGACUGUCGUUUCUGUCGCUACUGGCCAAACUGAAUAUCACCCGCUGUAUCUCUCAAUCGGGAACAUACACAACAGCGUACGACGGGCACACCGCAAUGGCGUUGUACUCGUUGGAUUUCUUUCGAUACCAAAAUCUACGAAAGAACAUAACGAUGACAUCAAAUACAGAAACUUUCGACGGCAAUUGUUUCAGCGGUCCCUUGCCAAGAUUUUCGAGUCUGUGAAGCCCUUCAUGGAAACGUUUGACGUCACACGCUUUCCGGAUGGGCACUUUCGACGAACGGUGUAUGGCUUGGGCCCAUACAUUGCGGAUUAUCCAGAGCAGUUGAUUCUCUCUGGCGUCGUGCAGAAUUGGUGUCCGCGGUGUCUGGCAAAUAAUAAGGACCUCGAUGGUGCUCAACCUUGUCUGCAUCGACGCGAAGCACACACCGAGUUGCUUGUCGAACGGCUAACAUACAAACAGGCCUGGUUUGAGUAUGGCAUCGUUGCCGAUCUCAUUCCGUUUACGAACGAUUUUCCUCGAGCAGACAUCCACGAGCUCUUAUCUCCCGAUCUUUUACACCAGAUUAUUAAGGGGACGUUCAAGGAUCAUUUAGUUGAUUGGGUAGGUGAUUAUUUGGAGGCCACACAUAGUGCACGUCAUGCGGCUGAGAUCAUGGAUGACAUUGACCGCAGGAUAGCAGCAGUAGCCCCAUUUGCUGGGUUGCGACGCUUUCCUGAUGGGCGUGGUUUUCGGCAAUGGACAGGUGACGAUUCGAAGGCUUUGAUGAAGGUCUAUCUAGCUGCAAUCGAAGGCCACGUUCCUCAAGACGUGGUGCGCACAUUCAGUGCAUUUCUAGAAUUUUGCUACAUUGUAAGGCACGAGGCUCUCACUGAAGAUGAUCUUGUAAAACUCCAAGAUGCCCUCAACCGCUUUCACAAAUUCCGGGAGAUCUUCAAGGCAACUGGCGUGGUCUCGACAUUCUCCCUUCCACGUCAACACUCCCUAUGCCACUAUGAAUUACUGAUUCGACUUUUUGGGGCACCCAACGGCCUUUGCUCUUCGAUUACGGAGUCCAAGCAUAUCAAAGCGGUUAAAGAACCUUGGCGCCGAUCUAGCAGGUUUAAUGCGCUCGGACAAAUGCUACUAACAAACCAACGCCUCGACAAACUUGCAGCCGCUCGCGUACAAUUUGAGGCACGUGGUAUGCUUCACGGAUCCUGUCAUAAUGGGCGGCUGCAUGUCCACGAACCUCAAAACCAAUCUGUUGAGGUGGAUGCUGGCGAAAUUGUUGAUGGACCGACCGUGGAGUCCCACGUCAGGCUUGCGGCGACUCCUCGUUGUGUACGCAAUGUGCAUACACUCAGCCUUGAGCUCGACAUUCCACACUUCCCUCGGAUGAUUCAAGAAUUUAUCCACGAUCAGCGCUAUUCAGAAGACCCCAACCCUCCUGAGUUUGAUCCGGCAACGGCACAAGUAUUCCUGGGGAAAGUGACCCUCUUCAAUUCUGCUGUAGCGUUGUUCCAUGCACCCAGUGAUCUGAGUGGUACAGGAGGUAUGCGUCGAGAACACAUCCGGGCAACACCAUCGUGGCGCACUGGCGAACCUAGGCAUGAUUGUAUCUUCGUCAGUAUGGGUACUGGCUUUGACUCUCCCAUAGGUGUACUUGCAGUCGCGCGGGUCCGGUGUUUUUUUUCUUUUAACUAUCGGACGUCAUACUAUCCUUGUGCCAUAGUUCAUUGGUAUUCUUAUGCGCUCGAAGGACGCGAUCCCGACACAGGAAUGUAUGUUGUCACACCAACAAUGACCGACGAUGGUAUUCCAGACAUUUCAAUCAUUCACAUCGAUUGUAUCUUUCGCACCGCCCAUCUCAUUCCGGUCUAUGGCCCGGACUUCAUCCCAAAAAUCAGUCCGCAUGACUCGUACGACAUGUUCAACUCGUACUACGUCAAUAGAUACGCGGAUCACCAUGCUUUUGAAAUAGCGUGA